AUGAUGAACCGCAUUUAUGACUUUGAUGAGUCUGCAUCGUUGUCAUCUGAUUCUGGAAUGGAAUCUGCAGAGGAGACUCGUCCCUCAAGCGCAACGUCUGAUAAUUCCUCCGAUGACUGGCCGUGGAAUGAAUGCUCUGGACUUGGUUACCCAUUGGACUACGAUGCUGCAUUUCCACUGGUUCAAAAUUAUUGCAUGGGAUUGGUGUCUGGUGAUGUGUCUAUUAUAAGAUCUUCAGCACAACAUCUGUUGCAUUUGUGCCGAUCGGGAUUUUCGGAAACAUUGUUAUCCUUCGUACCCGAAAUUUUCGUGACUCUGAGGACGGUGAUUCUUGCUAUCGACGUUUCAAAACAUCCAGACCUCAUUCAUUGCCUUAGUGGAAUAUUUUACUAUUUGACAGAAAACGAUACUGCAAUCUACUUGGUUCCACCUGACUCAUACAUUGCAUUUGUCGCGAAAUUGCUAUCAUUCCCGUUAGAAUCAGUUCUUUACUACACAGUUGCUGGUCUACAUAACCUACUUGAUCAUAAGUCUCUUCGUGACAAGUUUCGCACACCUCUGAUAUUAAUUCUUCUUAUUCAAAUUCUCUGGACCUGCUUUCUUUACGACAAGUCAUUUCAUCCGCCUGUGACCUGCAACCCUUAUCUAGCAUUUGCAUCGUCAACAUCCCUUUCAAAAUUUUUAUCAAUUGCCUGUGACAGCCUUUAUCUACUUGCUCACCGAAACGAAAUGUCAAAACGGCUAAUACAUGCAAAGCAAGGUGUCAUACCUCUACUUUACUUCGUGCACACUUAUCAAUUUGAAAAGACGCAAAGUGUGUGUGUCCGUCUUCUCCGCAUCCUAUCGACUCAUCCACAGACGAAAAGGGACAUCCUAAAAAAUGAUCCCACUCUUCGAUUUUUUAAGCACUCAGCCAACUCGACCUUUCAGCAGAUUUCCCUAGAUGCCUUUUGGACACUUCGAAACCUAUCUGAUCAAUGUGCAAGCCUUGCAAAUCAUCAGAUGAAUGAAAUCAGUGAAAUUCUCCUCCAGAAACUUCGAAGCAUUGAGGAGUCAUCCCGAUGUUGGAAAGCCAAAAUUUAUUCACCUUAUGACUUGCAAGACCGAUACACCAUCAGUAGAUGCAUAUCUGGAACACUUGCGAAUUUCACUUGUCGAAACCCCUUCACUAAGUUAUUUUUAGUUGAUAAUGGGGCCGUUCCGCUACUCGCGCGACUGCUAACAUUAACUAUGAACGAACUUGCCUCCCACUCAACCCUCUGUCAGGCCACUGUAUUUGGCGGUCCAUGCAUGGCUCCGCCAAAGUAUGAUCCAAUCCCGCCCUCUCUUCUCUCCUGUCUCUGUGGUCGACGCUCUGUAUCGCUGUCGAAUCUCCAAGCCACCGUAGAUUGCAUGGAAGCCGCUCUGCGUUGCCUCUCUCACCUAACAUCCUCUCACCAACGUGCCAACGAGGCUCUCCACCAGCUGGCAUAUGAUUGGGCAGACGGCUUUCUGACCGGUGGCAAGGAAGUCUGUUGGAUGAUUGACCUUCUUCGCUUGACCUCGCAUGAUGAGGGGGUCUAUUGCAAGGACCAUCCUAUUCAUCCAGUGCCGGAGCAGUGGGAUGCCCUGGACAGGAGUCAUGUGUUUCAGUUGGCCAAGGCAUGGCUAUCGCUUGCAAGAAACCGUUUGGCUGGUGGCGUUUGGCGUAGUCCUGAUCAGGAGGCUGCUUUGAGAUCGGCUGUGGGACGUCUGGAAUUAUUUAUGUUUCCAUCUACUGAAUCGGGAAAGAAACCUGCAGCACCCACCACCGCCUUUGCCGCCACCUCCGACAGUGAUGAGGCCGAAGACAACACCGACAACAAUGGCUAG